GAGCACGGAGCUUUUCAGGUCAGGCUGAAUGCAAACUGCAAGGGGGGAACAAACUGACUCACAGUAUUUCAAUUUAGCAUGUAUCUUUAACCUCUGAUGACCUAACUAACUCAUGCAUAUAUAAUAAUUAUGCAUGAAUAUAAUUAUGCAGGAUAUAUCAUGGAUGGAAGACAUGCUGCUGCUGUGCAAUCUGCAUGUUUGCAGCAGAUAUGUGCACUGCAAACUGUGAGUUGUUUUUCUCUCUAGUGACAGAUUGCAGAACUUUUCCUGUGUGCAGGAAAUGAGAGAACCAUCUCUAUGAAGACGUCACGAUUAUAAACAGAAAAAAAACUUAAGGGCUGAAACACCACAGUGGGAGGGAAGUGUGUUGUGGUUGUGUUUUUUUGGUUUUGUAGUAGCCACAGUUGCCUCCUGUGCUGCUGGAGUUUUAGAUAAAAUCCCCUCUGCUCUUACUCCUCGUCUACUUUUGCACUCACUGGGAAUCACUGUGGACGAGAGUGUUCAAAAUGUACAAAUUCAAGGAAAUGAAAAGGUGGCAUGCUCCGCCUACAGCAGCGAACAAGAGGGAAGAAAGUUGACAGUUACUUUGAGGAAGUAACAAAUCACUCAUCAUAGGAAGUAGAUUCUCUGAAACGACUUCAGUUUGUGACAGACACGAGCUGAGAGCGGACAGAGAGACGCGAUGGUUGAAGUCGGGUGGAUUAAAACGUCUUUGUUUCUGAUGCCAGUGCUGCUGUUUGCAGCAGCAGUGACUGGACAAUCUAUUCUCCGUGUUCUUGUCAGAGUUGGAGAUGAAGUCACUUUGACUUGUGAAAAUGUGAUUGGUUAUCAGGACAAAUGUAAACGUACUGACUGGCUCAUCGAUGAUCCAAGACAGAGAGCAGCAGUAGAGCUGAUUAAACGUGGGCAGAUUUCUGAAAGAGCCAAAUCUAAAUCAGACAGACUGAGUGUUACACAGAACUGUUCUCUGGUUAUAAAGAAGGUCACACAUGAAGAUGUUGGUCGUUACACCUGCAGACAGUAUGACUCAGGACAUGGAGACAGUCGGGUUGAUCUGUCUGUUGUUACCAUGACUGAACACGAGAACAAUGAUCAGGUGACGUUGUCCUGCUCUGUGUCGGAACAUGAAUGGUGUAAUCACAGAGUGGAGUGGCUGUAUGAGGGUAAAGUUAAAGACAAGGAGACAUCACGGCGUAUUUGCUCAGUUAAUUUGACCUAUAAGAAGCAGGAGUCAAAGAAGUACAAGUCACUUAACUGUGAAGUGACUGAUCUUUCCAAUGGACAAGAGCAGCAGUUUCCCUUCAGCCGUCAGACCUCAGGUGAGAAACCAGCAACAACAACAACAACGGCAACAGCAGGACGGACAUCAACAACAACUGAGAGGAAUGUGACGAAGUCACCAGGGCGUGAAAUAGAAGUUUGGUGGUUCAUCGUUGUGGCUGUGGGUUUGGCUGCACUCUUAAUAAUCGCUGUGACGCUCUUCUUAUGCAAGAGAACUAAAGGCAAAAAAACGCGGAUGGAUGAAAACACGGGACAGAGCUUAAACCCCGUGGUGACCGAGUCUGGCCCUGAAAUCACUCAGCACACGGACGAUGGUGUUGCCUACGCCUCCAUCAGCUACACCAAGAAGGCCAGCAGUAAAACCCGGGUGCAGGUUAGAAGUGACGAUGACGAAGACGACACGGUGACCUACAGCACUGUGAGAGCUUCUUCCUCUCCUGCUGCAGCCGACACCGCUGACCCCAACAACAUCUACGCCAAGAUCAACAAACCACGCAAAUAAGAAAACAGAGGACUACUCGCCCAGCUUUGGAUAUAUUGGAUAUAAUGUUGAGAUCUGCACCUGUCAACCUAAAACAUAACGAACAUCAUAACCAGCAUCAGCGAUCUUGAACCUUUCACGGCCUGCGUGGUGUCAUCAGGUAGGAGGUGCUUGGAGCAAACUUCAGGGAAUAAACAAUGGCAGCUGCCUUUUAUCUGGGUGAUAGCAAUAAUUGUGAAGAUCACACAAAGAUCCUGGUUUGGGUUCAGUUCGAUUCUACUUGAUUUAUAUCGCCCCAAAUCAUAACAAAAGUUAUCUCAUGACACUUUCCAUACAGAGCAGGUGUAGACCGUGCAGUGACCCAACAAUUCCACCAUGGGCAAGCACUUGGCAGAAACUUCAGGCAGUCUAGUCCUAUAGCCGCAGAACUAAGGGAUGACCUGAGCCAGCCAUAACUGUGAGCUCUAGGUUAAAAUAAGCACUUUGUUAAGAUUACGGAAGCUCUGUCGUCAUAGUUAGUCAUGCUUUUAAAAGAAAAAAACGGAAACAAACAGCGGCUGUACAGCCACGCCACGUGACGUCAUCCUUCCGCUUUGUCACUUAAAUAUAAAUAUAUAUAUAUAUAUAAAUGUCUUGUAGAGAAGCUGUCAUUGAUUUUAGGAGAUAGUCUCCUAAAAAUGCACUUAAUGCAACGUCACACCAAACAUGUGGCUUAAUCUGCUCUUAAAGCUGUGUAUCCAAAUGUGACAUGAGAGGAAUAACUUUAAAAAGUAUAGCUAUUCAAGUAUACCCUUGUUUUUUGUUAGUUUUAAAGCUUUACAAGUCAUUUAUUAUAGACAGAUCAUUUUAUUACACUUUACUGUGUUAGUGACGCUUGAUCUAAUUUAAAAAUAAUUAACCUGCGACUAUUUUUUAGUUUGUUUUAAUGCAGAUUUACAGGAUGUGUUGCUGUACAAAUCAUUUUUGCCUAGAAUGGGGGAGGGGUAACUUGUGUGUAAAUAGUACAUAAUAUAUCUUUCAUAUGUGUGUGGUCGCUGUGCUUAAGUAAAACAUAAAUAAUAUAUGACACAUUUUGCGUGAUGAUGUCUGGACUGGUUGCACAUCAGACUUUUUGACUUGUUACAGCAGUAGACAGUGAGCCAGCAUGAACAGCAGCAGGACCUCUGCUAAGUGGAAUGCAGCCAUCGUUAAAGCACAAAAAUGUCUGCUGUGCAACCAGUCCAUGCUCAAUGAGUAAUAUAUUUCUGUUGGAUUAUGUUACAUUCCUUUUUUUUUUUAUUAGUAUUUUAAUGUCAUCAGCUGUAAUAUUUUGAACAUUUAUGUCUAAUGUGUUGAUUCCUACGGAGAGACUGUGUGAUGGGUUAACUCGCCCACAUUCACGUGUCUGUUUGCUGUGCUUGGUUAAAAAAUAAAUAAGAAUAAUAAACGACA